CCGCUCAGAAUGUAACAUUACACCUUUCUAAUUAAUAAAAAUUUUGGCACAACCUGUUUUAUGUGAUUGAAAUUGUGUAAUACAUUUUGCAAUAACCAAUCACUUAAAUAUUUCAAAUUUUAAUAAGAAAUAAGAACGUCGGAAUGGUAAAUGAAACGGAAUUUUGGACCGAAAUUCGAAAAGGCAUACCAAAAUAUAAAAAAAGGAAACCGCGAGUUGUUCCAGCUUUCACUAUUCAAACAUUGCAGGAAAAUACUGUAGUUGAAAAACCUCCUCGAUGUGGAUUAUACAAACCUCAACCACCAAAACCAUCAACAUUUAGAAAAUUCUAUGAAUGGGGUGUAUUUCCCAUUUCCAUGGAAAAAGAUAUUCAUGGCCCAAAACUUAAUUGGAAAGUUAACAUUGAAGAUCUAGAUUUUCAUCAUUACUUACCACUGUUUUUUGACGGUUUAACAGAGACUGAAGAACCAUAUAAAUUUAUAAUGGUGCAUGGAAUAUCUGAUAUGUUAGAACAGGGUGGCCCAAAAAUUUUACCUGUUGUACCACAACUGAUAAUUCCUAUUAAAAAAGCUCUAAACACAAAAAUGCCGGAAAUUAUUUGUACAACAUUGAGAGCAGUUCAGAAACUUGUACAAUCUGCUGAUUGUGUUGGAGAAGCUUUGGUACCAUAUUUUAGACAAAUUUUACCCGUUCUUAAUUUAUUAAAGGACAGAAACGUGAAUCUUGGAGAAGGGAUUGAUUACUCACAACAAAGGGGUGAAAACGUUGGAGAUUUAAUUCAAGAAACUCUUGAAGUACUUGAAACAUAUGGAGGUGAAGAUGCUUUCAUAAAUAUCAAAUAUAUGAUUCCCACAUAUGAAUCAUGUAUGAUGAAUUGAAUUCCAGCUACUUAUUGUCUAGAAGAAUUACAACAUCUAUAAUUUAUAUAUAAUUGCUAUUUAUAAAUAAUAUUUAAAAUAUUACAAAAUAUGUAAAACAUUGUAGAACUUAAAUUGUUCAUACAUUACAGUCACAUUUUAUUUACACCUUCCCUGAAUCCUCUUUCAAUGUUACUGUCCGAUUAAAAACAAGCUGUAAUAAAUGAAAUAAAUUAGCAAGGAUGAAGUCGUA